GGUGCGGUGGCAUCGAAACUCCAAAGUCCAAAGGCGGAAGUAAAGAAAGAAAGAACGCUGAAGGAAUGCGUGAUCGAAGAAAUUUCUAGCUAGUGUCUGUCGAGUAUCAGUCUGGUAUACAAGCAGCAGGAGUAAAUCAAAAUUAAAGAAGCAAGAAGGGUUUACAUACAUUGGGGUUCAGGAUUCCUUCUUCUCCGCCUCCUCCUCCUCCUCCUCCAUUUUUGAAAGCAGGAGUUUUCAACCUUGCAUAGAAUGGACUCCAAGAUAAGUGAUACCAAGGAAAAUGAUAACAAGGCAGAACUAGCUGUUCCAGGUGCUUCUGACGUGAACCAGGGAGACCAUCCUGUUACUCCCCAGCUUCAGGAACAAUCUUCUUCCCCUUCCUCUGUACCCAUGGAGGCUAAUUCAAUUCCCUCUCAGACUGAGAACACCGAUGCUGAUAACAACAUAGAACCACAUUCUACUCCACCUCAGCAUCCUCUUAGCUCAGUUCCUAUCCACAAUGACCAAGCUUCAUUGAAGCCUGCUACUGAAAUCCCAAGUAAUGCGAAAUCUGAAUCCUCUGAUCUGAAGGCACCCAUGGAUGCUACAAUUGACUCCCCUUCGUCCUCCAAUCAUAUUCAAAUUGCUGAACCCACUACUGAUGUUAAAACUGAAACCUCCUCUGGGUCUCCUCCAAAACCAACUGCAAAUGCCAAAACUGAACCUUUUUCUGCAUUACCUCUAAGUAAAACUAAUUGUGAUGUUGACCCUGUACCUACAAGCCCUAAUGAACCUGAACAACUUACGCCUUGUCCAUCAUCUUCUGAUAUCAAACUGGUGAAGGAGAAGGGGGAUGAUUUGAAGAAUGGGGUCAAUAAAGUGGACUUACCUACACCCCCUGUUAAUGGGAACAGCAAUUCUGAGCUCUCAUUUUGCUUUGAUGAUGAUCAUUUUUCUGAUGGCAAUGAGUCAGGAACUGAAGAGGAGCAAUCAGCCUUCAUGAAGCAACUGGAAAUUUUCUUCAAAGAGAGAGGCAUGGAAUUUAAGCCUCCUAAAUUUUAUGGAGAAGGACUCAAUUGUCUUAAGUUGUGGAGAGCUGUUACUAGAUUGGGUGGCUAUGACAAGGUAACUUCAUGUAAAUUGUGGCGGCAAGUGGGAGAAUCUUUCAAGCCUCCAAAGACCUGUACUACCGUUUCAUGGACAUUUCGUGGUUUCUAUGAGAAGGCACUCCUUGAUUAUGAAAGGCAUAAGACAUGCGGUGGUGAGCUUAAUGUACCUAUUGCUUCCCAAUCAGAACCCAUGAAUGUUGAUAAUCAGGCUGCAGGAUCAGGUAGAGCACGGAGGGAUGCAGCGGCACGUGCUAUGCGAGGUUGGCACUCACAACGUCAUUUAAGUAAUGGUGAAGUCAGUGACCCAAUAAUUAAGGAUAAGAAUUCUAUUUCUCUGCAAAAGCGUGAAAAACAGCUUAAAAGCCUCGGUUUGCUUAAACGUAAGAAACCAUCUUACUUGGACCAUGCUGUCAAAGCUGCACGUACCAAAGUGUCCAAGGCACAUGUGGAGACAACGGUGGUUGAUAUCGGACCCCCAGCUGAUUGGGUUAAGAUCAAUGUGCAGAAAACUAAAGAUUGUUUUGAGGUCUAUGCUCUAGUGCCAGGCCUUCUUCGAGAGGAGGUGCGUGUUCAAUCUGAUCCUGCAGGACGCCUAGUAAUAAGCGGCGAACCUGAGCAUCCUGAUAAUCCCUGGGGUGUCACACCCUUUAAAAAGGUUGUCAGCUUGCCCGCAAGGAUUGAUCCACAUCAAACGUCAGCUGUGGUAACCCUUCAUGGACAGUUGUUUGUUCGUGUUCCCUUUGAGCAAGUGUGACUAGCGGGACUAAAAAAUCUGCUCGGCUCCACCAGCU